AUGUUCACGAAGACCGUUGCAUUCCUAUGCCUUGGUGUUGCUCUCGCGGCUUCACCGACCCUGGCAUCCUGCCCCGUCCCGGCGUCCGCUCUCAAGGUCCCGUCCAAUCAGACGGCCCUCGUCGCUCCCACCUUUCCCCCGUCUUUCGUGGCUCUGGGCGUCGGUGUUCAGAACUACACCUGCUCUAACACAUCCACUUACACCAAUGUCGGUGCCGUCGCAGAACUCUUCGACAUCUCUUGUGUCGUUGAUACCGCCAUCUCUCCAUACCUGACCUCUGCCAUUGAAGCGCUGUGGUCUGCUAUUCCAUCCAACAUCCUGAACACAACGGAACUCAUUAGCAAACUUGGAUUUCUCGGCAAUCCUGACGUCCUCGGGCAGCACUACUUCGUACCCAAUCCUGCCACCGGCUCUGGUACCUCACCGAAAUUCGAUUUCACGAGCGCGAGAUUCAACGGUGUAGCGGAUGCAUUUGUAGUGUUAGCCAGGACUGGAGAUAUACCUUCACCGGAUGACAAGAGUGUGGAUAUAGAUUGGUUGUACUUGACCGCAUUGUCGUAUGCGGGUCAGGGAAAAUUGGCGAAAUCGGUAUUUAGGGUUGAAACGGCGGGAGGACAGCCGCCUGCCUCGUGCAACGGCACUGACAGCAUCUCGGUCAAAUAUGUUGCGGAGUACUGGUUCUACAACACAACGCUCCCCGCCAGCGUUCUCGACAACUGAAAGGACCUCAUAUUUAGGCAUGAGAGCGGCAAACCAUUCAGGGGCUUACUUCUCAUGCUUUCUAUUCGAUUUCACUUUCAUUGAAAUCUAUCGGUUUUCACUUCUAUGAUUUAUCUAUUCCUCACCUACCGCCGUUCUCUCGUCCACCUU